CACCACCAUUUGCUCUUUUAGUAGGCAGGGAUCCGGGUAAGGGUCCUUCCUGGACCUUCGAUAUAGCCCAUACAUGUGGGCUGGAUUACAGAUGUGGCCCCUAUGCCUGUGGGUGGCAGAUGGCCAUUCUAAGCAGGACACAAUUUGACUGAGUGCGGAGUUUGUUCCGUGUGAGCUUGUAUACAUGUGUUUUUUUGCACGUAUGUCUUUGGGGUACACAUAGGAACUGUUUAUGAGCAGCUGGUUUUCUGCAUAGCUGGUGCGUAGUGUUAUGGAGGGUUCCAGAAUGCAGAAUGUGUGUGUCCGCUUUGGAGGGGACAGUUGUGGAUCUUUGAGUCAGAAGGUAUCAAGUCUUGGUCCCAUUUCUGUGGCAGUGCUGAGGUACGUGGUACAACUGUGGCGUGGACAGGUGGAUGAAUGGGUUUGCGGGUCUGUUAUAAGAGAGUUGUGUGGGGGCUACAUGUCUAGAACUCAGCUCCUGCUGAUCGCCAGGGUGUGUCUCUGUUGCCUGUGGGUCAGCUGGCACUAUUUUGCAGGAUUCUGGGUGGGAUGUGCAAGCUGUAUUUAUGGGACCAAGGGCAGCCAAGCAAAGGGGUAGUUGUGUGUUUGCAACAUUCUCCAUGGGAUUCUUUUGUGACGCUGUUUGUGGCAGCCUGUCUGCGCUGUUGGGCUGGGAGGCUAGCCGAUCGGAAGACACUUGUGGGGAGGGAGGUAUCGUGACAAGGGCAAUGUGGGCCUUGGAUCCAGCAGACCAGACGCAAGCUGUGUAUGCGUGCCUACCUUGUAUGUGUUUAAGUGGUGGUGUGGGCUGAGAUGUGCAGAAAGCGGAGAGAUAAACAUGGGCAGCGCAAGGGCAGCAGGCAGGAGGCAUGUUGUGGGUGUUGUCGGUGGCGCAGCUUGGCUUCUGCAGGGUCUGUGUCCUGCCCCUCACCCAAGUGUCAGGGUCACUGGGAGGAGAGCACUGGCGCCUGCAAGGGAAGUGAGCUUAGACACACUGGCUCCUUGGCCAUGUUUAUGUAAAGACCGGGUGUGACUUCUGUCACUAAAAUGGAAAAAAGAAACGUGAAGUUUUUAGUCUCCUCCUCGUGUUUCGCCCUCUCUCUCCCCUGCCCCCCUUUUUGGGUAUCUGUGACGCACACUCAGCCCCACUCGGGUGACAGUGGAAGGUGGAAGGGCCUCAGAUGGAAUUCGCUCGCUAGGCAGAUUCCUCAGAACAGGUUUUCCUCACCUUUGGGGCCUGGGCUCUUUUGUAGGGACAUCUACACGACACUGUACAGUGGCGGGCCUGUGGCAGGCCAGGCAGAUACACAUGAGGUGAAGAGGGCACCGUGUUUGAAUUUUCCAGCACGCUGUGUGGUGGGGGGUGCUGGCUGCUGUGUGAGGCCUGCAGGACAAGUGCGUGAUAGACGCCACAUAGCUCUGGUGAUGCUGUGUCUUCUUCCCUGGUACUUUGCCUAAGUGAGCUUCAGUUCCACGGUUGUAAAAUGGGGCCGAUCACCUGCCUUACCUCCUUACCUGUCUUCCAGCAGCACAUGGGAAACAGACCUGCAAAGUGGCUCCACUUUGGAGACCAUAUGUGUGUCACGUCCUAUUGGCCCUGUGCGAGCCCUGGGAAUCCCCUUCUCUGGGCUUUGCUAUGAACACUUGGUUAGGCUGGCCGUGCGCUGCGCAGGGAUCUCAGUACUUUUGCAUGCUAUUAUUGCUCAUCCAGUUUUCACAGUAAGCAACCCGAUUACUGCCCUUUUCAAGCGAGGUACCGACCAGAGAAGUUAGGUAAUUUGCCCGAAGUCACAUAGCUAGUCAGAGGUUAGGCUCUGUUUGAACCUAAGCACUCACAGUCAGGUUCCCCAUCCUGUGCUCUAGUUUUGUUUUUUGGUUUCUUUCUUUCUUUUUCUUUUUUUUCUUGGCCUUUGGCCUUGAGCUCCUUACGUAGCCCAGGCUGGCAUUGAACUUGUGGUGAUGUUCCUGUCUCAGGCUCCCAAGUGCUGGGAUUCCAGAAGGAAGAGGCCAGGCAGAAGGAACUCGCUGAGCCACCCCCCACUCCACUCCAUGUUGGCUGUGCUCUCAGGCUGGCGCCAUGCCCUCCCCUGCAGAGGUGACGGACCCGUCCCAUGCCCCCGCCGUCCUGCGUCAGCUCAAUGAGCAGCGGCUCCGUGGCCUCUUCUGUGACGUCACCCUCAUAGCCGGAGACACCAAGUUCCCUGCUCACCGCAGCGUCCUGGCCGCCUCUAGUCCCUUCUUCAGAGAGGCCCUGCUGGCUUCAGCCCCACUGCCUCUCCCACCGGUUACUGGGGGCUCAGCUCCCAACCCUUUGACCACCACAGCUGCCUCUUCCUCCUCUUCCUCCUCCUCUCCCCCUCCAGCGUCUCCCCCUGCUUCAUCCCCGCCCCGGGUCCUGGAGCUGCCAGGAGUUCCAGCGGCUGCCUUCUCUGAUGUCCUCAAUUUCAUCUAUAGUGCCCGGCUGGCACUCCCCGGAGGUGGAGGGGACGGGGCAGCUGUGGCAGAGAUCGGAGCUCUGGGACGGCGUCUGGGCAUCUCCCGACUGCAAGGCCUGGGGGAGGGAGGUGAUGCCUGGGUACCUCCUACCCCAGCACCCAUGGCCUCCUCACAGCCUGAAGAGGACGGCUUUGGUCCUGGGCCCAGGCCAGAUGGAGAGUGGGACGGAGACAGGGCCGAGGCCCAGGCCGCUGGCUCACAGCCCUCCCUGCCCCGGCGGCCCCUCCCGUGCCCCCAGUGUGGGAAAAGCUUCAUCCAUCCCAAGCGGCUGCAGACCCACGAGGCCCAGUGUCGACGGGGAACCAGCACUCGGGGCUCUGCAGGGCUGGGCACUGGGGGCUCUGGCCCUGGUGGUCCUGCAGGAGUGGAUGCCUCAGCCCUGCCACCAACAGUGGGCUUCCGAGGUGGCCCCGAACACGUGGUGAAGGUGGUGGGCGGCCACGUGCUGUAUGUGUGUGCAGCCUGCGAGCGUUCCUACGUGACCCUGUCCAGCCUGAAGCGCCACAGCAACGUGCACUCCUGGCGGAGGAAGUACCCGUGCCGCUACUGUGAGAAGGUCUUCGCGCUGGCCGAGUACCGCACCAAGCAUGAGGUGUGGCACACCGGGGAGCGCAGGUAUCAGUGCAUCUUCUGCUGGGAGACUUUUGUCACCUAUUAUAACCUGAAGACCCACCAGCGAGCCUUCCAUGGCAUUAGCCCGGGCCUCCUAGCCAGUGAGAAGACACCGAACGGAGGCUACAAGCCCAAGCUCAACACCCUCAAGCUGUACCGCCUGCUCCCCAUGCGGGCAGCCAAGCGGCCCUACAAGACCUACAGCCAGGGAGCCCCAGAUGCUCCCCUUUCUCCAGGCCUCCACACUCCGGCCGCUGCAGCACUGCCGGCCAGCUCCCCACCUGUGCCCCCACCUGCCCCGGACCCUGGCCCACCCCCUUCUGUCAUCACCUUUGCUCACCCGGCUCCCUCUGUCAUUGUCCACGGCAGCAACAGCGUUGGUGGAGCAGGGGGUGGUGGGGCGACCAGCACAGGAGGGUCCCAGGCUGCCUCAGUCAUCACUUACACUGCUCCCCCAAGGCCCCCGAAGAAACGCGAGUACCCACCUCCUCCCCCCGAGCCUGCAGCAACACCCACCAGCCCAGCUACCAUCAUCAGCCCCGCCACGGCGGCAGGGCCAGCCACAGCCAUGGAGGAGGCCAAGGGCAGGAAUCCACGAGCCGGAAGGACUCUGACUUACACGGCCAAGCCAGUGGGUAGCAUUGGUGGGAGUGGGGGCCCCCCUUCAGGGCCAGGCCGGGGCCCCGCUCAUCUACAGGCACCACCUCCACUGUGUCAGAUCACUGUGCGAAUUGGGGAGGAGGCCAUUGUCAAGCGCCGGAUCUCAGAAACUGACCUGCGUCCUGGGGAGCUGAGUGGAGAGGACUUGGAGGAGAGUGAAGAAGAUGAUGAAGAGGAGGAGGAAGAAGAGGAGGAGGAGGAGGAGGAGGAAGAGGAGGAAGAACCAAAGGCUGGGGGGGAGGAUCAGCUAUGGAGGCCCUACUACUCAUACAAGCCUAAACGCAAGGCUGGAACUGCCAACGGGGGUGGUGGUGGGGCUGGCGUGAUUCCACGAGGCCGCAGGCCAACACGCUGGAGGCAGAAGCUGGAACGGAGGGGCUGGGAGGAGACACCUGCAGCAGAGAGCCCAGCAGGGCGUGCCCGGAGCGAGCGGGCGCACCGAUGUGGAGACUGUGGCCAGACCUUUGCCACCUACAGGAAGCUUCAAAAGCAUCAGGAGGCCCACAGUGGGGGCUCCCACGGCUCUCGGGCUGGACGGAGGGCUUCCACCCGUUUUACCUGCCCGCAGUGCACCAAGGUGUGCAAGACAGCAGCUGCCCUGAGCCGCCAUGGGCAGAGGCACGCUGCUGAGCGGCCCGGGGGCACCCCCACCCCUGUCAUUGCCUACUCCAAGGGCAGCACUGGCACCAGGCCUGGGGAUGUCAAGGAGGAAGCCCCUCAGGAGAUGCAAGUGUCCUCGUCCAGCGGGGAGGCAGGCGGUGGGAGUGCCGCUGCCGAGGAAGCUUCUGACACCGCCUCACUCCAAGACCCUGUCAUCUCCGGGGGUGAAGAGCCGCCGGUGCCAGGGGUGGCUAGCUACGUGUACCCCCCUGUACAAGAAUUUCCUCUGGCCCUGAUAGGGGGCGGCCGGGAGCCUGGAGGAGGUAGAGGAAAACCUGGGAGUGAGGGGCCAGCCGGGGUUCCCGAGGGGGACCGGAUAGAGGGGCUAGGGGCUGCCAAAGUCACCUUCUACCCUGAGCCCUACCCCCUUGUCUACGGUCCCCAGCUCCUCGCUGCCUACCCUUACAACUUCAGCAACUUGGCUGCCCUCCCGGUUGCUCUCAACAUGGUCCUACCUGAUGAGAAGGGUGGAGGAGCCCUUCCCUUCCUACCGGGGGUCUUUGGCUACACAGUGAAUCCUCAAGCGGCACCCCCUACUCCCCCAACUCCACCUCCCCCAACCCUUCCUCCACCAGUUCCCCCUAGGGGAGAAGGGGAAAGGGCAGGGGGUGAGAGAACCCAAAAGGGAGAUGUAGGGUGAGGUCUAGGGCAGACCCUUCCCUUUCACCAAAUGCCGCCCUCCCUGGACCUCCCACCACCACCAGCUCCCUGGCCUCCCUGCCCUUCGGGAGCCCUGCCACACUUCUGUGCAGGGACUGGGGGGCCCCUGGAGCUCAGGGGUCAGGCUGCUUUGCGUGAGAUUGUAGUUUUCCCAUCUCUUGGGAUUUUUGGUGGUUCCCCUCUCAAUCUUCCUCCAGGGAAUGGCCCCCAUGAGGGGCAGGGCCAGCUCCCACCCCUUCUCUAGCCCUUGGGGCAACUGAGCAAUAGAUACUUACCCGAAUCUCUCUGUUCACAGCCCCCACCAGCUCUGAAUGUCUAACCUGCUCCCCUGACGCGUAAAUCUAGGGGGAAACCAUCUCUCUUGCCCAACAAUCCCCUCAUUCUGAAGCUUUCUCUAAGCCUUCCCCAGAUGCUUCCUAGCACAUUCCAUUCUUUGUGGCCCAGGGCCUGGACCAGACCAUUGUGAUACUCAGCCUACCACGUGGGAGCAUGGCUUUGGAUUCUGUUCUUCCCAAGGGUGCGUUUCCUUGUCCCCAUUCCUUCACAUCAAAACGCUGUGCCCUCCUUGGCGCCCAUGCCUUUGGGUCUUCCAUGUUUCUCCUGUACUGCUAAGGCUUGGGAGAUGGCCUCAGCCAACCCAGGUCAAGGAGCUGUUGAGGGGAAGCCACCCCUCUAUUCCACGGCAGAGCAUUUUCUAGCCCAGGGCAGGGAAAUCCUGACCCUCAAAUCCAGUGAUCCCCAGAUUCUUUCAAGGCAAAGGGGUGAACAGAUCACACCUCUUCCUGUCUUUAAAUAUGGCCUCUUCUGGGCUAAGUCAGAUUUGUGGGCCAGGAGGGAAAAGCUCUAUACGAUAUGGAGAAAGGAACCUACUUUUCCUUUUUUUCUCUUUCUUCCCUUUUUGUACUUUUUCUUUAUUUCCUUUCUGAUGGUUUCUCCCAUACUAGACCAAAUAGCCAGAAAAAUGAUGGGGUUUGAAUAGGUGGGAGGCGAGCCCGAGAUUUGCACAUGACCUUCCAUCCGUACCCCCCCCCCCCCCGUCUUCCCAAAUGUGGCUCUGCUUGUCACUCCAGAUGAUUUUGGGGGAACCAUCCUACGCUCCCGGUGGGCUUUGGGGUAUUCCCACCAGUUUUCCCUCCAAAAUAGCACCUUACACCCCAUUUUUAACUCAGUUCCCCACACCCAAAGAUCCCAACCUCGGGAUGGGGUGCAGGGACCUUAACUAGUCCCUAAUCCCUAAUUUGCACUAGUUAACCCUGGUCAGGGGUCCCUAUAUUUCCUUCCAGUGAGGGAGAUGAAGAAAUGUUUGCUCCUAAUUCUCUUUGAAAACAGGGCCUCCCUGCGAUCGGCUGAACAUUUCCUAUCCCGCUCAUCUGUCUAACAAAACAAAACAAAACAAAACAAACAACAACAAAAACAGCUCAUAAAGGGAGAGCCCGUUGGGAGCAAAUUUGACAAAUGGGAAUUAGAGGAGUGCAGUUUUAAAAGGGGAAAGCUGGUUGUCACCCAGAUGGCAGCCUUUCUCCCAGCUACUGUUUUUAGAGGCCAAGAUGGCCGCCUUCUCAGGAACUACCUACCGAGAGGGCAAGAUCAUGGCUUCUGGAGGGAGGUGAGCUCGGGGAGGGCUGCAGCACCGCCUGGCCUCCCCCGCCCUCCCAGUCCAUAGGAAGUCUGCGACAGGCUCCCUGAAUGUUAAUCGUGGAGGAGUUACUCCUUCUUUCCUCCUCUGUCUCUUUGCACUUUUCUUGGUAUUGGCCAUGGCCUGAGUGAAUAAUUUCCUACUGAAUGUACCAACUUCCAGUUUUUAAGGAGGAAAAGUUUCAAAUGGGAAAAAAUGCAAAAAAAAAAAAAAAAAAAUCACAAAAAUUCCCACAAAUUUUGUUUCUGGCACUUUAGAAAAACUGCGAAAAAUACGUAAUAAAGACAUAUAUCUACACACAAAUUAUAUAUAUAUAUAUCUAUACAGCGGAACCACAAGAGAUUUAGGAAAGCCUAGAGGCAAGGGACAGAUAUAAUGACAGUCCCCUAUAUCCUUCACCUGCACUCCUCUGAGGCUGACAGGCACAGGAGAAUGGAAGAGGUUGAGAAUCGACUGGGAAAUUUGAAUUUCAGAAUAACUCAAAAUUCUAAAACCAUGGACAUUUUGGAAGAAGUGAAAUUGUACACAUUUUUUAAAAUAUGGUUAAGGAAAAAUAGCUUCCAGAACUUGGUGGUUCUGGACAACAAAUGAGAUUGUGGCAGAGUAGAGAUUAAAAUACAUAUUUGAGCUGGGGGAUUUGAAUAUCACUGAGUUUCAGAUGUUGGAAAUUCGGGGCUCUGCAAUUUUGUUCUUUGAAAAUGAUCUGGCGUUGUCAGUUUGUCCCCUCUGUCCCCAUGUUCCCUGGGGAGAAGGGUGAUGGCAGAGUGGGAAUGCCACUGGUUCUGUGCCACGCACGCAAGAAUUAGAAUUCUACAGAGUCUAGCUCUGUACGUAGUGAGGACCCAGACUUAGAGAAACAACCAGUAUUUAUCUCCGCAUCUGUGUGUGUGUCCAACUCUAGGCCAAUAAACCAACGAGACAAAUGAA